AUGACUAUAGCUUUAGAUGCUAAGAACAAAAUCGCUUUCAUCGACGGAUCUAUUCCUCGGCCAAGUGAAUCUAAUCAUAACUUCAGGAUCUGGUCUCGUUGCAAUUCGAUGGUGAAAUCGUGGAUUCUUAAUUCAGUUUCUAAGCAGAUCUAUAAGAGUAAUCUGCGUUUUAAUGAUGUUUCGGAAAUCUGGACUGAUUUGGAAACGAGAUUUCAUAUCACUAAUCUUCCGAGAUCAUACAACUUGUCUCAGCAAAUAUGGUCUUUGCAGCAAGGUUCCAAUGAUUUAGCUACCUAUUACACCAAACUCAAGACUCUUUGGAAUGAAUUGGAUGGAGCUGAAUGCAUAGAAACUUGUCAUCGUUGUGAUUGCUGCAAAGCGACUGCUACUAAGGCUGAGCAUGCGAAGGUGAUUAAGUUCUUGGCAGGAUUGAAUGACUCUUACUCUGUCAUUAGAAGUCAGAUCAUUAUGAAGAAGAAUGUUCCAGUAUUAUCCGAGAUCUACAACUUACUUGAUCAGGAUCAUAGCCAACGGACUAUCAAUCGGGUCAAAUGCUUCUACGUUUCAUGUUGCUUCUCCUGA